AUGGGCAAUUCCACAUUCAUCUCCCUGUUCGCAGCCCACCAGUCGACCACCGACGUGGAUGCGCAGAUCAAGUUCUACGAGGACUUUGGAUUCGUCGUCGACAGGGGCUACGAGGCAUUGGAAGAUGUACCUGACAAGUUCUAUACCGCUCGGGGACUGUCCAAGUCGAAUCUGGUCAAGUCGGUCUGCAUGCGACUCCCGGCGGAUCCAUUCAUGCAUUUGAUCAUGUACGAAUGGGACAACCUGUCGCGGGGGCCUGCGUGGCCCGCUCCCUUCCACCAGAUCGGCACUCGAGGCUUUUCGAUGCUGGUGGAGGACGUGGGCGCCGAAGUCAGCCGGAUUAAGCAGGAGUUUCCUGAGAUCAAAUUCUUGUACGAGUCCAUGACUGUGAAGCGCCGUUGGGGCAAGACAUCUACAGCGCUCUUCGUGGAUACGGAAGGGAUCCCGGUGGAGCUGGUGGCCAUCGAGAAGGGCUCGCAGUACGACGUGGCCAAAGUGCAGGUCCCGGACUUUGACGACAUGCAGUGGCUGCACUUUAUGUUGAACUGCACCAACUACGACAAAUCCAUGGAGUUCUACCAGUCCUUCGGCAUGUACCACGACUCGGCCGUCGACUUCAGACCGGGCGUCGGUUUCCACCCCUUUGGGAAGGCGUACUACGCCAAACAGUGGAUGGACGCCUUCAAUUUCAAACAGGACGACCUGACCGGCGUCGGCUUCUUGCGUUCGGACCGCGAUCCGAGCGGGAUGCACCUGGAGCUCAUGAAGUACAACCUAGCUAUGGAGGAGCCCUCGAGCAUCCCUGAUUUUGACUCGCUCCCCGCCGUGGACCAGAUGCCCCGGGGCUGUGCGUGGGGGGUGUUUGACCGAGGCGACCAGAAAGACCACUUUGGGUGUUUGAAUCUACUGACACCGGCCGUCGUGAGCGCGGCCGGCAGGGAGGUCCGGGACGGGGUGUCGAUUUCACUCAACUGGCCACUGGAUGCGAUCCGUAUCCCUCCAUUCGGUCGGAAGGCCCUAGGACAUACGGUCCACGCAUUCAAGGACACACCAUACGAUACGUGGUCGUUUGAAGACGAAGUCGAGUUCAACACGCAAAGCUCCAGCCAGUGGGACAGUCUCAAUGAACUCGCCCCUGGUGGUGCGCUUCCCACGCUGGAGCAUUGGCACGGUCGAGGAGGGGUGGUCGGUCGAGGAGUGCUUCUCGAUUAUAGAGCAUGGGCGGCGCGAAAGGGGAUACAAUACAGUUGUUUUGAGUCUCACACGAUCGGCAUUGAGGAUCUCGAAGCCAUUGCCGCCGAUCAGAAGACGCAGCUCAAGCACGGAGACAUCCUGAUUGUCCGGUCCGGAUACACUGAAGACCUCAUGGCCGCGGACUCGGACCGGCAGCAAGCAUGGUUGAAUGGCGGCCGGGCGGUCGGGGUGGAAGGCACCGUCAAGGCGGCCAAAUGGUUCUGGAACCACCACUUUGCCGCUGUGGCAGGCGACAUGCUCGCUUUCGAGGUGACGCCGCCACGACUCGAGGCGGAGGACGGCCGCGAGGGCGCUGUGCGUGAUCUGGUCUUGCAUCAGUAUUUCCUCAGCCUGUUCGGCCUCCACAUUGGCGAACUCUGGGACCUCAAGGCGCUGGCCGAUACGAGUUUCUCCUAA